AUGUUUAAGAAACCUCCACAACCAAAGGGUUCAGCAAACAUAAAGUCGUCUGAAAGGCGACAUCUUUUAACUGAAAUAUGCAAGGAGUACGGCAUCAACAAGGAUAAUUUGUCCAAAGAUGACGAACUUGCAUUAGUGCCGUCUCCCAUCAAACAGGCAUCGUAUCAAAGUAUCCAAGGCCAUAAAGGCACAAUUUAUUUUGAUUCCAAUGAACGCCCCGUCUGGUUCAAGCCUCGAGACCAUGCUGCAUACCCUACGCUCUUCACUUUGUGGAAAGCUGCGUAUUUGCUUCCAAUCGUCUUGACCAACUCACAUGUGAUUGACAGACUUUCCAACCAUGCCAAUUUGAUGUUGCCAGGAUGCAUUCCUCCAUUUGAUCCAAGAAUGACUAGAGGUAAAUUGGUUGGUGUGGCCAACUACCAGAAACCUACGGUGAUCAUGGCUAUUGGUCAUUGUUCUCUCAACUUGACUCAAUUUACUGAUGUGGUGGGAAGACAAGGCACUGCAGUCACCAUGAUCCACUCAUUUGACGACGAGCUCUUCAAGUUGUAUGAUGGAGAGUUUGAAAUACCCGAGGAGGUCAAUGCUCAACAACCCACAGCUGCUGAAAGUGAUGAAACACAGAAAACAGAGCAGACAGAGGAGUUAGAGGAGACUGGAAAAUCGUCAUCUGUACCAAACGCAGAAGAAGACUACCAUUUAACGGAAGAAGCACAAGAGCCCACUCAUCUGUUGUCUGAUGACCUAGCGGAGACUGUGUCGGAGCUCUCUGUAGAAGACACCGAUAACCUCUUUAUCAGAUCGUUCAUUCAAACGGUUAAGAACUCCAAGUUAGAGCUACCCAUGACUGCGUCCAAGUUCAUGGAGUAUAUUCUAAAGAAUUUUCCAAAAACAGAACCCAAGUUCUGCAACAUAAAGAAGACCUCCUGGAAGAAAAGCGCCAAGUUCUUGAAGUCUUUGGAAAAGUUCAAGUACCUCACAUUGAAAGGAAAGGGAGAUGACAUUAGUGUAGUGGCUAUUAACAUAUCUCCAGAAAUUGUCGCUAACUUUGUUCCUCACAAGACAAUGGAGGACGGUAAAGGUUCCGGCUCAACUCCAAGCAAGAAGGAACUUGACCACAAAAUGAAUGUGGUUAGUCUCUACAAGCCAACCAACAAGGCCCGCAUGGUGUUCAACAAGCUCGAUAAGAAUUACAAUGCAUUGUAUACUAAAGCAGAGCUUAAGGAUAUAUUGAAUGAGUAUAUCAAGGUUCAGCAGCUAGUUGACAAGUCCAACCCCAAAAAUAUUGCCCUCGACGCGACUUUGUUGUCAAUAACAGGAGGAAAUAAUGAUUCGGUACCCAGAGAUAAAUUAUUGACCGCUUUCAUUGGAAACUUUUCGCCAAACUUUGCUGUGUUGAAGCCAAAGGAAGAACUCUCUUCCUCAGUUACAGUUCACAGGGGAGAUCCUCCUAAAAUUAAGAUCUUGACUCAAACUGUAUUGGGAAGAAAGAAAACCACCAGUGUGCUGAACUUCGAGAAGUUUCAUCUCAGACCAAAUAGUCUUGCUGAAGAUUUGAAAAACUUGUGCUCUGGUUCGACUUCGGUGAGUCAAAGUGUCCACAAUCCUGCUAUAACUGAAGUUAUGGUGCAAGGACCACAUGGACCAACCAUUAUAGACUAUUUGAAGAAGAAAGGAAUACCUGUUGCUUACAUUGAUUUUGAAGAUAAAAGCAAGGGCAAGAGGAGAAAAUAG